AUGUCGGACAAUGCCCACCCUGGUGUUCGCAGCCUCCUGGCCAAAUUUGAGAACAGCCAGAGCCCCAUCACCUCCCCACCGUCGCGUGGCCGGUCUCCCGUGGGCUCGGAUACCCCCGGGUCGACCAGGCAGCUGUCUAAGGUCCGUGCCAGCUUUGUGACAGUGGAAGGAGCCAUCCAGUCGAAUCCUGGCUCGCCAUUGAGGAAGUCAAGCGGGCGAAGUGACAGCCCGGGUAUAUUUGGACCCAAGCUCAAUGCGGAGGAGGUUGAGACGCGCCGCCAGAACAAUGUGGUCUCUCCGACGCCAGGUGGACAUGUCAAGUCCUACCCAAGCAUUCUCGAUGGUGCCGCAGACGAUAUUCGAUCUGAAAUGGCUGCAACAGUGACAAAGGAACGGAAGGUCAGCGGUAACGAGGAGCCAUCAGCACCCACAGAGAGUGCAGCUCCACCGAAGGAGGCUACACUGGUAAAGACGGAAGCGCCAGCCCCAAGCGUGCCCGCAGCCUCAAGCAAUGGAGCUUCUGCCGAGAACUUGGCCCCUAAAGCAGUCACCAGGCGACCAUCCAAUAUUCACUCUGCCAAAAACAACGCUUCGAGCAAGCCCGCUUCGAGCAAGCCCGCCUCGAGCGCACCGACUGCGACUACGCCAAGAUCCACCAACAGUGCAGGUGCCAAACCGACCUCGGCCCGGGAAGUAGCCAAAGAGAGGGCCAACGCCCUUGCCCACAAACCCAGUCGCGCCUCGCUGAACCCUGCAUUCAAGCCCUCCACUCGGGCGACUCGUGGCUCGACUCCAUCCACCGACACCCACAAACCCUCUCCCAGCAGUGCCACUGAUAACAAAACUCAAUCUAAAUCACCCACCCGGUCCGUUCGCCUACCGGCUUCGAUAACAGCCCAGACUCAGUCAUCCACAGCCAAGUAUGGAAGCGCUGGACCUGUGACAGGACGAACCGAAAAGCCAACCGCAACCCUCACGAGGAAACCUUCCACGCUCAAGAGUGUCGCCGCCCCAGCCGGAGGGGUGCGUAGGCAAGUGUCUCGCCCCUCCCUUCCCACUCAGCCCGCCCCAGAGCGCCCGAGCUCUCGAGUCAGUGAUUCCAGCUCAAAGCCCGUCAACGAGGGCUUCCUUGCUAGGAUGAUGCGUCCAACAGCCAGUUCCGCCAGCAAGACCCAUGAGAAGGGCGAGACCAAAGCUCCUCCCAAGCCACCAGUCUCUAAAGCUCCUAGGCCGUCGAUGGGGCGGGCCUCAGAACGGAGCGCGACCCAGGCAAAGUCAAAGCCCGCACCUCUGAAGGCCCAGAGUGAGAAGUCUCAGCCUGCCAACAAGGAGGUACAGUCACCGAAGGAGGAAGUGAAAGCUCCUCAGAAGAAGCCAGAGAGCGAGAAGGAGAAUAUGGAGGAAGUCGCCUCUGUGACUCCUGAGGAACCCAAUGUCCCUCAGGCCGAGGAUACCAUCAUCGAGGAAUCCGAGCCGGAGGUCCCUACCAAGGCAAUCGCUGAUGAUACCGCAGAGAAGCCAACCGAGCCUACAAUCCAGGAAGCUACAGUUGAGUCCACUCUGCAGCCGGUCGCGAAGUCAACUGAGCCAUCUGUUGAGCCGACUGCCACAGAAGUUACAGUUGGGUUGUCUGCUGAGCCUGUUGCUGAGGAUGUUCCUGAGGCUCCUGCUGAUCCAGUUGCAGAGGCUAAGGAUGAAUCGCCCAAGGAGGAGCCAGAAGUGCCCGCUGUGAAGGAUGCCGAAGAGGUGCCCGCCGAAGCUACCGCCGAAGCCAGUGGCGAGAAAGUCUCUUCUGAGCCACAAGCUGAGGCAGAGGCGCCCAGGGAGGACACCGCCGAGGCACUUGUGGCACCCACUGAGCCCAUUAUCACCGAGGAUACUGCCAUUACUGAAAUGAAGGAGACCCCCAAGGUGGUGCCUGAGGUCCUCGAGGCCCCUCAACAGACCGACACUGCCGCCCCGGCUUCCCAUGAUGAUGUGCCUGAGGUGGUGAUGGAUAUCACCAGUGCCCAGCCAUCAGAAAAGACCAACGAGGAGCCUAGGGAGUCUUCCCCAGCUGCGCAGCCUGCUGCCCAGGCCAAGUCGCAUACCAUCGACAUUGACUUUGCUCACCUGGCACUGAGCUAA